AGAGAGAGCGAGCGCGCGCCUCACUGGAGCGUAGCGUUGGCUUGUCAUGUGGCAGUUACAGCAUGCCUGUCUGCCUCUCAGUGCCGUGUGUCCGGUGCGUCGCUCUCUGAUCCAAAGCAUCUCAGCAACUCUUACACCCGUCCGGCCUUCACUCUGGAGGGAAAGGCUCGGGAGGCGACGGCCAGCAGGGAGGACGGGGGCGCCGGUGGGGCCUCCUCCCUGUCUGGAGACACCGGCCCCGAUUGGCUAAGCCGUGGCCCCGCCACCCUGCCCCUGAGCCAGGGGGACGUCCCUCCGGGCCCCUGGCAGAGCGAGAGCCUCCUGGCCGAGUCCUGGUCCACCAUGGGCGACCCCGACCCCGAGGACGCCAAGAGCCUGGACAGCAGUGAGGGAGGGGUGCUGCUCCCCGGAGAGGAGAACAACUCCUCCCCCUCCGACAUGGUCCACCUGGAGCGGGAGGACGAGGAGGAGGAGGCUGUGGAGACCGAGGAAGAGGAGGCCGAGGAGGUAGAGACGGCCGGAGGCGAGGAAGAGGACGACAUGCAGAGCAGCGUUCUGAGUAUGUUGGGCGGGGAGCAGGAGCUGGAGGAGCUCCGGCGGGAGCAGGAGGAGGAGGAGGAGGAGCAGCAGCCCCGCCACCUGAGCUCCCAGCUCCUGGUGGCGGCGGCCGAGGACGCGCUGCGUGCCGGCGGCCGCCGCCACCUCUCCGGGCGGGAGGCCUCCACGGCCACGGCCCCAAUGCCCAUCUUCAAACUCCAGCCGCCCUCCAGCACGUCUACGCCCGUGCCCUCCAUCACCUCCUCCUCCUCCUCCUCCUCCUGCCGCCCCUCGGAGGUGGUGGAGGAGCAGCGGUACUCCCGGCAGGAGCUCCUCCCCCCCCCGGUCCUGGUGCCCGUGGUCGCCGGCCAGCCCGCCGCCGCCGCCGACCAACCGCGGUUCUCCCAGAUUCCGCUGGGCUCCGUGGGAGAUGAGAAGGUUCCGGGCCACAGAACCCCACAGAACCCCACGACGGAGGCUCCCGCCCCCGCCGCCGCGGAACCGGCCGGAUCGACCGACCUGCCGAUGAUGCUGUGCGGGGGGGCGGUUCUGGUGGCGGUGGUGGGCGUGGUGGCGUACGGUGCCUUGGCCUACGGCAGGAAGUAGGACGUCUGUCUGCUGGAACGCUGGUGGAGUGGGGUGGGUUUUGGGGGGGGGGGGACUGCUGUUUUACACGUCUUUGGUUCCACCCAGAAUGAACCUGCACACAAGUCUUGAUUCACUUUGGAUUUUGGAUUGGUGACACAAUGCAAUAGAGUAAGAACGGCAGGGGUUUGGUUUGUAAUGGUAACGUAGGGAAGGUUUGAGAGUUGUCAAGGGAGGGAACAGAAAAGAGCAGAAGUAAACAACAACAAACGCCGUAGUGAUUUGUGUAUUUCCGUCACUGAUAGCUGACAAACGGAUAUGGCAUUGACAACAAAUAACACUCAAACUAUAGCCCUUAAAUCUUACUUUAAGCAGCUUUAAGAGUAAAGGCCAAAGUGGAUAUUAACCUCACGUGCACGAAAGAGAAUUACUGGGGGAUGGGGAGAUCUCUCAAGCUUGGGUUGCUUUGUGACAUCUAGGCAAACAGGGAAGACUUUUAGAUUUUGAAUUAAACUUAAAGUGGCUAGCAAACAAUUUACACCAGAUGAUUACACUGUUCUUCAUGAGAUAUUCCACUAUUUUCCCUCUGCAAAUUCUGGAUUACCAUGUUUAGUGACCUUCAGUAUAACGUAAUAGUAUAUUGGUGUACUGUAAGAUGAAGAUACUUGAUGAUACCUCAGCCCACACAGAGCUCAAGGCCUUCAUUUCUGAGUAUAACUGGUGCGCAACUCGAGGAAAAUGUUAACGUGGGGAGGAGAUAGUAAUUAAGCUAUGGUAUUAAUGCUAACACUGUUAUCAUUCUUUGUGUGAGUUUUAUACCACGGAAGAGCGAUCAAUAAAUUACAACUGAUAUAAUCUA